AUGAGUUCGUGCAGUAGUCGUGGACGAGAAACUUGUGGGCGCCAAGGAGGAGCUCAAGCAACGUCAUCCUUUAUGGGUAGUAUGCCCAACCUGGAGACCAGCAAGACAGUUGGUACUCCUAUUGCUGAGAUAGAGUCCCAGACUCCAACGGUCAGGGAUGAUGCACUGUCUCAGGCUAUGAUUCAAGCACUGGAGAGGGUCGUAGUGCCAUAUCUAGAUUACGAGGCUGAAGAGUUGAGACAGUCGAUCCUCUACUGGUGGCUUAGAUUGAAACGGGAGGUAGUUGCUUUUGUGUCCCACUAUUUGACGUUCCAAGAGGUUAAGGCUGAACAUCAGUUGCCUUUCGGUCUGCUUCAGCCAGUUAAGAUUCCUCAAUGGAAGUGGGAACGUGUAACGAUGGAUUUUGUUAGUGGGUUGCCUUUAACCCCCACUAAGAAAGAUUCAGUUCAGACCAACGGACAGUCUAAGCGAGUUAUUCAGAUUCUAGAGGAUAUGCUUCGGGGUUGUGUAAUAGACUUUCAGGAUAGUUGGGAGGAUUAUCUAUCAUUGGCUAAGUUUGCAUACAAUAAUAGCUUCGAGUCUAGUAUUCAGAUGGCACCCUACGAGGCCUUGUAUGGUCAUAGAUGCUGUAGUCCUCUAUGUUGGAUGGAAUUAAGUGAACAUCAGGUUUUGGGUCUUGAGCUAGUUUCUGAAACUGAGAACAAUAUGAAAUUGAUUAAAGGUUGA